GGCGGUAAUCUCUGUUCUCUUGCAUACAGCUUCUAAUCAUAUUAAACAAAAUAAGUUUAUAAUUAAAAGAUUAAUAUAAGCAAAGUGUUUAUUUCGAAACUUUAUAAAUGUGUUAAUUAUUAAAAAUAUUGUGUUAAGAUAAAAUGUUAUGAAACUAAAAAUUAAACGAAAACAAAACAUUCAAUUUAUAUAGCAAACAACAACAACGAACAAAAGACAACAUAAUAUUUUUUUCUUUUUGUUCCUACGUUUCGUUUUGCAUUUUUAUUUUGUUACCUCUUUUUUUUCUAUUACCCAGAGUUGCCAAGUUACAAAAACACAAAAAUUACCUCAAAUAGGCAAAACAAUUAAUAGUGUACAUCUUUGUUCAAAUUUGUCCAAAUGAUGAGCCUUUUAUUUCGACCGGACAUGGAUGCAGGUGAAGUUUUUGUUAAUUUCAAUCAAAAUGUCACAUCCUUGGCCGUGGGCACUAAAUCAGGUUAUAGUUUAUAUAGUUUAGGCUCUGUAGAUAAUACCCUAGAUAAAAUCUAUACAUGUCCCACAGAAGAAAUCUUUUUAAUUGAACGUUUAUUUGAAAGUUCAUUGGUGGCAAUUGUGGCCCAAAGAGCACCCAGGAAAUUAAAGGUCUGUCACUUUAAGAAACAAAGCGAAAUAUGCAAUUAUUCAUAUUCGAAUUCGAUAUUGGCUGUUAAAUUAAAUCGUGAACGUUUAAUUGUCUGCUUAGAGGAGAGUCUUUACAUUCAUAAUAUACAAGAUAUGAAGGUGGUACACACCAUACGUGAUACACCCUGCAAUUCUGCUGGUUUAUGUGCUUUGAGUUCCUCGUCCGAUCACUGCUAUUUAGCCUAUCCGGGCAGUGUAACGGCGGGCGAAGUGCAAAUAUUCGAUGCCAUUAAUUUACAUGCUAAAACUAUGAUACCAGCUCAUGACAGCCCCUUGGCCGCUUUGGCAUUUAGUCCAUCGGGCACUGAAAUAGCCACUGCCAGUGAGCGUGGCACUGUUAUAAGGGUAUUUUCAUCAUUGGACGGCACUAAACUAUUUGAAUUGAGACGUGGUUUAAAACGUUGCGUCUCUAUUGCUUCAUUGUCGUUUAGCACUUGUGCUGAAUAUUUAGUCUCUAGCUCGAAUACUGAAACUGUGCAUAUAUUCCGUUUGGAUCGUACGGCUACGGAAAGUCAUGAUACUAAACAAAGUUCAGAUGAUUGGAUGGGUUACUCGUUUUUUAGAUUUCUUAGCAAGACCGUCUCCAGUUAUUUGCCAACCCAAGUAACCGAUGUUUUCAGUCAAGGGCGAGCCUUUGCCUCUGUAACUCUACCCGAAGCCGGGGUAAGACGUAUGUGUGCCAUAACGAAAAUACAAAAGCAAUUAAGACUUCUUAUUGCUUCUCAAGAUGGUUAUCUAUAUGUAUAUUCAAUACCCUCUGUAGAGGGUGCUGAAUGUCAAUUGAUUAAGAAACAUGAUUUGCGUCUUGAUGACUGUUAUGCUAUAGACGUUCGAGUUAAUUCUUCACCAUCUUUAGGUGUAGCUGCCGCUGCAGCUGGUGCUACGGCUACAACAAAUCCUUCUCCUGGCUCUACCGGUGGUACUUCUUCCUCUAAAGAAGAAGCCAAAUCUUCUUCCUCAUCCAAUAGUUAUGCUGCAGCUGUUAAAACAGAAGGGGGCAGUAAUGCUAGUUCUUAAAUAGAAUAUAUAUUUUUUUAAAAAAAUUCUUUAAACCUUUAAAAAGAAAAACUAAUUUUCAAUUUUACAUCACUUUUUUUUAUAAAAUUUCAUUUUUGACAACUUGAAAAAUAGUUAUAAACUUUUUUUUUAGCUUUUAUUUGUUUGGUAAUUUGUUCCAUAUUGUUAGCCACAUGAUAAUUAUUUCUUAUUUUUUUUUUUAAUUAUUAUUUUUUUAUUAUAAUUUUUUUUAUUAUUUUAGCUCGAGAUUAAUGUUUAAAAAUUAUUAUACAAUUUUCAAUAUUAUCUUUUUUUUUAAUUUUACAA